AUGCGGGGCGAAGACGCCCUGUUCAAGAAGUGCCAUCUCUCCCUCUUUCUGUCACUUAGGAUUGUAAGAUUGUGGCACAGCGGGUUUAGGGUGACGCAAGUAGCAAAGGAAAUGAUUAAAGGGUCGAACCAGAAGCAAGGAGGAGCGGGGCUGGAUGUGAAGACUGGGGAGGAAGUGAGCGAGUGGUUGAACAUGCACGACCCAGGACAUCUGGUAGACGGGACAGGGCGAGAAGUGAGGAAACUGGCACUGUACCCAGGCAACUCAACGGCUAAGACGGGCAAAACCAUGGAUACGCUCAAGACGGAUAGGGAAGCGGCAGGCAUGGGGGUCAGAGGGGUAACCAUCAUUUGGUCUGGGGCUCUGUUCGGGGCAGGGCGCUCAUGGCAAGUGAGAGCAUGCAGGAGUGUCAAGGAUGGCUAUUCCUGGCAUAGGCCGGAAUCCUUGAAUGGGCUCUGUCCACUCACUCCUCCGGUGGCAGUUAUCCCUCCUUUGAACUCCUCCAUUCUCUUCUCAGCUCCAUUCAACCACAUCCGUACGACAACCUGA